AUGGCGUCAGCGAAGAUCGCUACGCUGCUUAUCCGAACGAUCGCGAAACCUAUUAGUGCGCAGAUUAAGCGACAGGCUAAGGAGGACGUUGCUGAGUUUGUUGUUUGUUGUUUUGUGUUUUGUGUUUCUUCCAGACACGAACGAUUCCGCAACUUUUGCGUGUCCCUCGCCCAACUCAUGUACCGCACCGAAGUGCGUCUGCGUACCGGUAUACUCGGUGGACCCGCGAAACAACAACAUAUUCGCCCGUUGUCAGAGACCAAGGCAAUCGACUCCGGCGCCAACGCCCUCGCGGAGGGGUUUUUGUUCUCUGUGGCUGCGGCGCUGAUACUCGGGGAGUCGUAUCGGAGUGCGAGGAAUGAGACGAAGAGGAGGGGGGGUGUGGAUGAGCGGUUGGGGGUGCUGGAGGGGAGGGUGGGGGAGUUGGAGAGGGAGUUGGGGGUGUUAAAGGAGGAGGGCAAGGAGGAGCGGAAAGAAGGGAAGGAGGAGCGGACGGAGGGCAAGGAGAUAGGGAAAGAGGGCAAGGAGCAAGGCAAGGAGGGAAAAGAUGAUGCAUCACAGAAGAACUCGUAGAAAUCUUUUUAGCUUUAGCAUUGUUGUAGAUACACACAACUCGAUACCCGGUACCCAAAACCCAACACCCUACACCCAUCACUCAACGUUAAUACUCAACACCCAACACAUCCACACCCAGCACAUCCACACUCAUACUCGUAUUCGUAUACUCAACUCAUUCAAGAGAACGGAUACUCGAGUGUAUAAUUAGGGACAGAAUCGGAACCGGCGCAAGAGUCUCCAAGUCGUUCCUUUUAUUCCAUUUAUUCCAUUUAUUCCAUUCAUUGUAUUCCAUUCAUUGUAUUCUAUUCAUUACAUUGUAUUCAUUACAUUCUAUUUUACCCUAUCGAAAGUACCCUCCUCUCGAAAUCUCACCUACCCAGGUUCCGGAGGGUUCCGGGAUAUCGAUAUCU